UUGUUUUAAUGAUGGGAUUCAUUUCUAUUGUCACAGGUCAAUCAUACGAUGACCCCAAGUGUGUUAUUGAUAGCAGCCUGCCAGCGACAUACACAAACUAUAUUGACUGUACCAGCCCUGUUAUGGUCGAGAUGGGGAAAACGGAAUGCUGUGAGAUUGAGAGCGAGAAAGGGUGCUGUGUGCCAGGGGGGAGUAUGAAGAAGAUGGAGUUGAUUGGGAUCUGCCUGGCUGCGGUCACGGCGGGCCUGGCUGCACUAUGUGUAUACUGCUUCUGGUGUCGCAAGAACGAGAAAGUGGCCAAAGCCCAGGAUGCUGUUGCCCGAAAGUACCAUCGCCUCCAGGAGAAAUGCAGCUGCUUGGCAUGUUGUCGACGUUCAGUUGAGCGGAGGCAGAAACUGGAGGCACUCAAACUGCAGGCGAAGGAAGUUCCGGCUCUCGAACUUCCAGCCGAAUCAAAUAACGAGGACCCGACCAUCGACAGGUUCUGGGUCGGACCACUCGUCAGGUCAAAGUGA